AUGGCUCCCGCUCUACAACCCGAUCCUGGGGUGCACCCAGUUGUUCGCAACGCCCUGCGCGUCUCCCUGAGCGCCAAAGAAUACAAGGCCCUGCACGACUACGCCCAGCGUUCUCGCUCCUUGCAAAACAAACUACCAACCCCAGCAAGAUUCGAAGCCAUUACUCGGUCUAAGAAUAAAUACAAUGAAACGGCGGUACGUGCGUCGCUGCGCGUCUUUCUGGCCUCGGGGGCCUUGAUGAAGCUCGUCGACUUCGUUAUCGGUCGCAUACAAAAGAACUCGGCUCAGGAAAAACCCCGGAUCUCGCUCCUUCGAUCCCCAAAUUUCCGCCUUUCCCUUGCGAUGUCCCUGAUGGUUUUGCUGCACCGGCUCCUACAUCGCUUCUUUCUUAAGUUGCGCAUAAAUUUACGUACCGAUGACGCACAGCCGUUUCGCGAGCGCAAUCCGCGCAUCUCGAAGGCGCUCACAUCGCGAUAUGCGCCUGCGGUCGGUGCCAGUCUGGCGGGUCUUUCGCUGGGAAUUUGUACGCAAAACCAGCUCCGAAUGACGGUGGCGAUUUAUGCGGCUACACGGGGAUUGGAGGCGGUCUAUAAUGUCCUGGAUGAGAAAGGGUGGUUUGAGAACCGGCCGUGGUGGUUUGGGAGUUGGUUGCUGAUGCCAGCGUCGCUUGCACAGCUAUUCCACGCCUUUGUAUUUGAUCGGGAGGCUACACCUAAGUGGUUUGGAAAUGCGAUUAUGAGGUACUCACCGAGUUAUAUUCACGACCGACCGGAUACUUUGCCAGCGCAGUUUCCCUGGCCAGAGAAGGAUGAGAUUGUAGAUUCGAUCGCGUCAAUUGCUAAUCUCCGCUGGCCGGCAUUCGUCUCGCCUAUACUUCGUCCUGCGGUUCCCAAUGUGUUGCCAUCGGGACUCAAGUCUAUCUCGCCGAUUACCGGGCCAGCGCAUCCAUCAAUCCCUAACCUGUCAUGUGCUUUGCUCCAUCCUGGUAGUCCUAGCUGCGGCACAGCUCUCGCGCAUCACCUGCUGCUCUCUGCAUCUGCUCUAGCGCGACUUUUCGCGAUGGUAGCACUUGCGCGGUCGGCGCUGAAUUUGAAAGCGUGGCUAACUCAGCCGAUAUCGACGGUUAACGGUUUGUCAAAACAAGUCAUCACACAGACGGCAGUGCUUUCAACGGCAAUCGGUUCGGCGUGGGGCAGUCUGUGCAUGUGGAACGCGACGUUGCCACGGACAGUAUUGCCGACGCAGCGAUUUUACCUCAGCGGCGCACUUGCCGGGGUGCCGUUCGCUUUCCUGGGAAAUAACAGCCGCAGCGUGUUUUUGUACUUUUUCCGAGCAGCAGUGGACUCGGCGUGGAAGGCGGGGGUGAAGCGGGGAUUGUGGAAGGGGUGGAGGGGCGGCGAUGCCUGGCUGUUUGUGGUGGCCUGGGCGGUUCUGGGGAGCGCGCUGGAGGGCCGCCCGGGCACGGUGCAGGGACGAGGCGUGAGGAAGCUUCUUGCGUGGAUGAAGGGCGAGGGCUUCACGGACCCCAUUGAGAAGCGGAGGCGCAGAGCGUGA